AUGAGAAAUUAUCAGAGGAAUGAUGAGCUGCUCAGGACCAACAGAACUAUUCUUAGACCUUUUGUUGUGCACGGUCGUCACGCUGAAAACAUGUGGAAGGUCAAACCUCCAGUGUAUUUCCCCAUGGAGACGAGGUACCGGACAAUUUUGGAGAGUUUGGUCCCCCCCGACCCCAUGUCCCAUUUCCCCCUGAGGAGAGGUUCCCCUGACGAGGAGUUCCCUGACCUGAGCAGGAACCACACCUGGAUGGGCCGGAUCCUCACAGCGGCCAUGUACCACCGCCAGUUCCACCGCUGCACCCACAGCGGGGUGCUCUUUGAUGAUGUCAUCCGCCCGGGCCUCGAGGAACCAGGUGAUUGGUGCAGCCCUGCCUCUGUGGGCUGUGUGGCUGGCGACGCUGAGUCCUACAUCCUGUUCUGCGACUUCUUCGACCGUGUCAUCGAGGCACAUCACGGACACAAAAUCACCAGCCAGACGCCAGAGAGCGACUUCAACUGCGACAACCUGAAGGGGGGUGAGGACUUGGACAGAUCAUAUGCUGUACGCUGUGAGGUGAGCGUUGUUCGAGGCGUCGAGGGCUUCUGUUUCCCGACACACUGCAGCCGAGGAGAGCGCAGAGAGCUCCUCACACUGGCCAGAAGAGCUCUGCAGCGUCUGGAGGAGGAUCUGCCGGGUCGACUCCUCUUACUGGAGGAUCUGAACCAGGAUCAGCAGAGGGAGCUGGACUUUGACCCGCCUUCUGACUCUCAGCUCCGUAUCGGUGUGGCGCGAGACUGGCCUGACGCCCGGGGAGUCUGGGUGAGUAAAGAUGGCAGCCUGGUGGUCUGGGUCAACAUGGAGGACCACCUCAGACUUGUGUCCACACGAGACGACGCCAACAUCACUGAGGCAUUCAAAUGCAUGUGCAUCAACCUGCAGAAGCUGGAGGAUCUUUACGGGGAACUCAAACACCCGUUCACCUGGAAGCAGCAGCUGGGCUGGGUCAGCAGCUCUCCAGCCGACGUGGGAACAGGUCUGAGGAUCAGAGUGAAUCUCAAACUACAACACCUCCCCAAACACAACCGCCUGCAGGACGUCCUGAAGAGACUGAGGCUCUGCAUGGACACCACAGAUUCCCCGGCGCUGUAUUGUGUGAGCAACACAGCGACCUUCGGCCUGAGCGAGGUGGGUCUGACCCAGCUGGUGGUGGACGGGGUCAAACUGCUCAUCACCAUGGAGAAGAGGCUGGAGGUCAAUGGAGACAUCGAGGGGCUCAUCCCUGCACAGAAGUAGAUCUGGACGACUAGCUUGAGUGUGGAAGGAUUU